AUGGGGCUUGGAUCAUUCAGGGAACAGAGAGAACGCCAAGACGUCUGGACAGGAUGUAAUUAUUUUCAUCAUCACAGCAAGGCAACAAUAACGCCAGGCCUGGAACCCAGGUGCCCUGAUGCCCAGCCUGGUGCUGAAGCAUUUCUCCUUCCUGACUCCUCUGGUCCUCUUCCUGAAAGGAACUCACCUUUUAACCCUCUUCCAGGGUUCUACCAGUCUAAGUCCUUGGUUGACGAUGAAAACGCCAGCAAGGAGCCCGUGUUCAACCCCGAAGCGGUCAUCGCCCACUGCUUCAAGCAGUUCAAGCAGGAGGACUUCCACCUGCCUCAGAGCCCCCGGAGGAUCAUCAUCUUGCCUCGAAAGGAGGCUCUGAUGCCCAUCAAUCCCACCCCCCAACCCCAGGCUCCCCCCGAGCCCACCCCCAGCUCCAAAGCCCCGGAAGUUGGGGACAUCCAAGAACAGCCAAAGGACCCAAGGGCCUGGCUGACCCAGAGGCUGAAGGUUCGGCAUGACCUGGAGUCAUUUGGCAAUGUAGAGAGGUGGCUGCAGAACAAGUCCAGACUCACGCCUUCGGAGGCCAAGGUCCUACACGAGAGCCACAAGGAGCACGAGGCCCAGCUGAUGGGCCAGCUGGCCACUACCAGAGACACCAAGAAGAAAAGCCUGCGACCCCUCCACCGGCAAGUGCCCCAGCUACAACUGCCCGAACCCUCUGCCCUGUCGGCCUUGUACUCUUACCUGUGUAGCCACAAGAUCAAGAUCCAGGAGAUAUUUCACAAGGUGGAGCAGGGCAAGAACCAGAGGAUCUCCAGGGAGGAGUUCAUCACGGCUCUGAAGGCGGUUGGAGUCCCUCUGAAAAGCCAGGAGGUGGAGGACAUCGUGAUCUAUCUCAGCUCUCUGGGAAAGCAUGACAGCAUCACCGUGGAUAACCUGGCCAGCACCUACAAGCAGUGGUCUUUGGCUCAGCAGAAAAGCACCCUGGCAACUGCAACAGAGUACUACAGAUCUGCCAAGGACAGUGGUUCCCCACAGAGUCCAUCCAAGAAGCAGCAGGUGAAUUUAGCCCCAGAGCCUCUCAAGAUGGACCUGCUGACCGUGCCCGUGGUCGACACCGAGAUGGAGGCACGGCCCAUGACCCUGGAGGAGAUGGAGGAUGUGGGCAAGCGGUACCGCGAGAAGAAGCGGCAGAGCAAGCUCACCAUCCCCUCCAUCCAGUACACGGAGCAGUGCCGCCUGGUGCGCAGCGGGAACAAGCACUUCGAUGAGCACUGCCUCCCGUCCACCAUCCACGGGGAGAUGGAGGCGGUCAUCAACAGGUCGCGCACCCGCACCUUUCUGGUCUACCUGCAGUGCUGGAAGCUCUGCAAAUCCUACGGCCUCCCGCUGACCGAGGACGUCCUCGUGAGAGCCCUGAUGUACCCGGGGGACAAGAUCAUUUUGCAGAAGGACCAGGUGCGUCCAAUCCGGCAACCGGGAGGCUACUACUCAGACCUGAAGAUCUUCAGUCCGAACCUGGCCCUGCUCCGAUCCCAGGGCGUUUCCAAACCUGUGGCUCAGAAGCCUGACAAGAACAUGCUGAAGAAAAUCAAGAAAGUCAGCUUUAAGAAGUUUGAGGAAUUCACCAGGAAGCUGAAGGCGAAGAGGUCCAGUGGUCCGCAGCUAACCCAUCCCAAUUUCUUCUGGCCGGGUCACCUCCUGGACAAGCUACAGCUCUACCUGCCCACUGUGACCGUGGACCGGAGCCUGGCGCUCUUCAGUUGUGUCCAACACCGGUCCCAGGCCUACUCAGCCACCUACCAUCCCGACCACUGGUGGCCCAUUAAGGAUAUGAACUACAUGACCUAUUCCUAUUACGAUGCCCCCAAGAUCUACCACAUCAACUAGACUGGGCCAAGGGUCACCAAACCUAGCCAUCCUGGGCCGGGGGCCAGUGUAGCUAGCAGCCCAGAUCCAUAGACACAGGGAGGGUAUCAAAGAGCCAAACAAGAGAAGUCGUUUCAGUGGGAAGGCCCGGGCCAGCUCUCUCCAGACUCAAAGCGUGCAGUGUCUCAGAGGGUGGGUGUGUCCAGGGAAAGAUGUGGGUUUUGAGCAUUUCCCUCUCCUGACCUCUGUCCUUUUGAAAUAAACCACGUUGGGGUUUUUCUCAUGUCACCUGUGAUCCAGCUGAUGUGAUUUCCUGCUCAGGAGCUGUGGCCAGAGGGAUGUUGGCAAGCUGGGGUCCUGAGCCUGGGAAGAAAACACACAUUGCCUGGGGUUUUGACAGGGAUGCCUGCAUGGCACCUCCAGCCUCUCAUCCUGGAUCUCAGGGACCCCCAGGAAGCAGCAGGCAGUGUGGGUACCCCUGCGCCCUCCUCUUGAAAUGUGUCCCUCAUCCCCCAAAGAAUGAGCCAUUUGGAUCACUACUUCCAAAACUCUUGGGCCUUUCACAAGUACAAGCACACUGGUUCAUGAGCCCUUCCCCUGAUUCACCCACCUGACCCCACAUCAAGACCUUUUCCUUCACAACACACACCCUGUGGGCUGCUGUUAGCACAGUGCCUCCGUGCUCAGCAUCCCAGUUGACUUCCCCAGCCCACAGGGCAAGCAGGAUUCGUGAGGUGUGGUGCAGUCUCAACCCUACGGCUUGCCAGCUGUGUGAUCUUGGACAAGACAUUCCCUUCACAUUUCACGUUUCACGUCUCUGGGUCUCCUCAAACUCCCCUUAACAGUCAAAAUCUCACGAAGGAGCUGUCAACACCCGCUCCCUUCCCUUCUCACCCAUCACGAAGUCAACAACACCAUCCACUUCAGCUUCUGUCUCCAUCUGGCCCUGAAACUACUCUACCACAGAUCACUGAUGACAUGACAUCCCUAUUGUGUUCGGGCUCUGGA